AAACGUAAGUUUGUAAACAAUACGUCCUAGAGAAAAAUAAUAAAUUAUUUUAUUUUAGUCACUUCCUGUUCUGGGAUUUCAUUUAUUUUGUGUGACUACCUAAAUGAACAAAUAUUCAACAUGAACAUUGACUUUGAAACGAUGGCUGUACUGGAAGAGGAGUCACAAAAUGAGUUGAGUGGUGCUUACGGCUCAACGGGUGCGUCGGGGCCAGAAGGGGGUGAGAGACGCGAGGGGGGCAAGCGCGGCCGUAGACCCGGCAGAAAGGCGCAGGACAAGCAGGACAUGAAGGCCAAACUUGAACGCAGUCGUCAAUCGGCCCGCGAGUGUCGCGCUCGCAAGAAGCUGAGAUACCAAUAUCUGGAGGAACUGGUCGCCGAUAGGGAGAGAUCUGUUCUUGCGCUCCGAAAGGAACUUGAAAAGUUCUACUCAUGGAAUCUCGAGUUAGACCAAGGCCGAAUGCCAGAAGGCAUAGAAGCGGUACUUCAAGAGAUAGGGGUACUUAAGCAAGAAGAAAAGCCUAGUUUUUAAGUAAAAAAAAAGAAUGAAAAAAUAUAUAUUUUUGUAACAGGUUUUGGCGAGUUAAAUUUGGCUUUAUUUAAAUUUUUCAAAUUUUUAUAAUGACAAAAUUGUAUUAUAAUGUAGCUCUUAACUGGUACAUUUAAUGUAAAUAUAAUUAAAAGGGAGUUAGGCUGAAUGUAAUUUUAGGUAAGAGUAGAAAAUUGAGUACAACUCAAUGUUAAAUAUUUAAUAUUAAUGUGUAUUUUCUAAGAGAAAGUGUACCUUUGUGUAUUUUUAGAUUUAGAGAACAGCGAAGAAUGAAAUAUUGAAUUAUAUAGAGAGAAAAAUUCCUACACAAAAUAAUAAAAGUAAAGCCGAAAAAAAGGAUAUUGCCAUCUUUAAAAGUUUAUUUUGUGAAAUAUUUUUCAUUCGUCGUUCGCUUCGUUAUUUUUGUAAAUGUAAAUAAUAUAUCACAUACUCGUCAACUGAGUGAUAUAGGAAGGUUAAAAAUCCAAGUUAAUGCUUUUGGGGUCAUAAAGAACUAAUUACAAUAGCAUAAUAUUCUAUUAUCUAUGAACGGGAAUUUAGUUCCGGAUUUGCAGUAAGCAGUUGCGUGAGGGCUGUCAUGUUUGUUUUUUUAAGAGAACUGUUGGUAUUUUAGACGUCAAAAGCAUUAUUCGGUUAUUUUUGUUAAUGUCUAGAUUAAGAUAAUAUAUUUAAUUAUCGAACUUAGUUCAUUAGUGUUUGAUAUAUGUAUUUUCACAAACUCUUGCACUGUUUUGUGUGAGGGCGCUGUAUGGGGUUCGGGCCCACAUUGGCUAUGCAUUAGGAGAAAUGUUCCGAUAUGUUUAACGAAAAAGAGAUUGCAUUAGAAAUAUCAGCAAAAACUAGAUGCUUUGAUGCUGCCCCUUAGGAGGAAAUUUCGAAAUGACAACUCAAACUUGGAAUCUCUUUAUAAAACCAACCCCCCCCCCCUGCCCCAUCACCUCGAAAUAAAGGUUGAAUGUACAUGGUAAUUUAGCUUUAGUUUUUUGUGUUAAUUGUUAUAUUUAAGUUACGCUUUCACUAACCCGAUAGGUUAGCUUAAAACGCCGACAUUAUUGUAUUAUUAACAGUGUAAGGGAUUAAAAUUGGUCUAUCUAUAAACAUUGUCUAUAAGAAACACGGAUUUUAAUCCUAUAUUUUUUAAGUACUUCCUACGUUCAAUUAUUAGUUUUAAGUUUUAUUAUUUAGUAAAAUUUUAGUUUUUAUUAUUUUCAAAUAUAAUUUUAGUAACCAUUUCAAUAAAAGUCAAUUGUUGACGUAUAUAUUAAGAGAAAAUAAAAUUGCCUUUGGUUUACGCGAGUAAUAGACAAAUAAAAUCCAAAGGAAAUGCGAAAUUAUUACAUUAUUUAUGUGAGUAUGUAUGUUUCUAGUUAGUAAUAUGUUUAUAGUUUCAAUUCGGAAAUUAUGCCGCCGUAUUCUCCGGCAAUUGAGUUAGUAUUGAAAACUAAUGUUUGCGUUAAAUUUAUGAGGGAUUUUACAGGUUGCUUUUGGUUUACUUAAAAAAAAAUCUUACAAUUGAGUCAUAUACUUUCAAAGGCGGCAGAGUCCACAUGAUCACAUGUUGGAGCAGACGAAAAAAACGGUUGGCAUUAGAUUAGUCACCAUAGCUAUU